UGCCCAGAAGGGAGCAGACCUCUGACCAGACAGGUCUCACCUCCCUGGACCCUGCAGCCAUGCGGCUCCUGUGGGGACUGCUCUGGGUGCUGAGCGUCGUUGCCUUGUCUCUGCAGAAGCCCAGGUUGCUCCUCUUCUCCCCCUCUGUGGUGAAUUUGGGGGUCCCUCUGUCAGUGGGCUUGCAGCUCCAGGAUGCCCCUCCAGGACAGCAAGUAAAAGGAUCAGUGUUCCUGAGAAACCAAAAUGGUCGCAUCUGCACCCCAAAGAAGGAUUUUGUGCUCAGUUCAGGAAAUGGUUUUGUGCUUCUCAGCCUCGAGGUCCCACUGCCUUACGUGAGCAACUGUGGCCUCUUUGAGCUACGCAGAGCCCCCCACGUCCAGCUGGUGGCUCAGUCUUCCUGGCUAAAGAGCUCCCUGUCCAAAGCCACAGACACACAGGGCGUCAACCUACUGUUCUCUUCUCGCCGUGGGCACAUCUUCGUGCAGACUGACCAGCCUGUUUAUAACCCUGGCCAGCGGGUUCGUUACCGGGUUUUUGCACUGGAUCACAAGAUGCGCCCUUCCACCGACACCCUCACAGUUAUGGUGGAGAACUCUAAUGGCCUCCGUGUUCGGAAGAAGGAGGUGUUUGCUCCUACGUCCAUCUUCCAGGAUGACUUCGUGAUCCCAGACAUCUCAGAGCCGGGGACCUGGACCAUCUCAGCGAGGUUCUCAGACGGCCUGCAGUCCAAUAGAAGUGCCCGCUUUGAGGUGAAGAAAUACACACCCCAGGUACUGAACCCCAUCACUGCCAUGCACUGUGACUGUCCCCCUCCCCUGCAGCUGACGUCCCUCUCUGACCGGUACGUGAGUCACUUUGAGACCGAUGGGCCCCAUGUCCUGCUGUACUUCGACUCGGGAGAGGUGGGGGCCACUGUGGACACUGGUGCGGGAGCAGGGCCCACGCCUGCGUUCCUGGGGAAGGAGAACUGCCAGGUCCCGACCACCCGGGAGUGUGUGGGCUUUGGAGCCCUGCAAGAGGUGGCCGUGGGGCUGGUGCAGCCGGCCAGCGCUGUCCUGUAUGACUACUACAGCCCCGACCACAAGUGCUCUGUGUUUUAUGCUGCACCGAGUAAGAGCAAGCUCCUGUCCACUUUGUGCUCUGCCGAUGUCUGCCAGUGUGCCGAGGGGAAGUGCCCUAAACAGCGCCGCUCUCUGGAGCGAGGGGAGCAAGACAAGGAUGGCUACAGGAUGAAGUUUGCCUGCUAUUACCCCCGAGUGGAGUACGGUUAG